AUGAAGUUCCUCUCGGAAGUCCCGCUCAUGAAGCGAUUGCCCAAAGAUGAGCACCCGAUUGUGGCAGAAGCUUGUGAGGUUUGCGUCUUCGAGCCUAGCCACAAGAUCAUCCAGCAGGGUGACAACGGCGAUGCCUUCUACGUGGUUCGGACAGGGGAAGCCAGUGUCCACGUGGAAAACGAGGAAGGCAAGAAGCAGGUGGCGACUCUCAAGGGCGGAGAUUAUUUUGGAGAGAAUGCUCUGCUUAGGGAUGAGCCGCGACUUGCCACCAUCAUUGCGGAAAGCAAGCUCGUGGCUUUGAGAAUUACCAGAGAGAAGUUCGAGGAGCUCGGCUUGAACAACAAGCUGAUGUUUGCGAACCGAAAGGCUGUUGCUGGUGGACUGCAGAUGCAAGCGAAGGCCAAGCCUCCCACCGAAAAGACGGAGGAGGAUGUCGUCCUCAUCACCCGUGCUUUACAAGAGAAUGAGAACCUCGCCACGAUGACAGCCUUAGAUGAUGCAAGGCUCAAGUCCUUCAUCGACGUGAUGUGGAAAGAAGAGGUGAAGGAAGGCGAACAGAUCAUCACAGAGGGCGACCUGAAAGCCGAUUUCUUUUACAUCGUGGCUUCCGGGGAGUUCGACGUGAAGAUCGUGGAAACCGACGACGAGGGCAAUCCGAAGGCUGUGAUGGAGAGCACCGUGUCCAAGAGCGUGACUCACGUAACGGCAGGUGGCAGCUUUGGAGAGCUGGCUUUGAUGUACUUCGUCCCGCGGGCGGCCACGGUCGUGGCCACCACGGACUCUGAGGUUUGGGUCAUCGAUCGGGCCAACUUCAAGAACAUCUUGAUGAAGGCCUCCGACUCCAGGAUCAAGGAGUACGUGAAGUAUUUGGAUCAGGUCUCGGUCUUGGACAGUUUGUUGGCUGAAGAGAAGAAGCAGGUCGCCAAUGCACUCGUGGAGAUGCAUUUCGAAAGAAGCGAUGUUAUCAUUCAGCAAGGCGAGCCCGGUAACAUGUUCUACAUCAUGUAUGAAGGAGAGGUCGAGAUUGUCAAGGACGGGGAUGCAGUGGCAACGCUGGAAGCCAGGACAAAAAGCGGAACCGCGCAGUUCUUUGGAGAGAAGGCUCUCCUGGAGAACGAAAACCGCACUGCGACGGUGGCCGUGAAGAGCUCUUCAGCCAAGUGCCUCGUCUUGGACCGCGAGUCCUUCGAUCUCCUCCUGGGCCCUCUGAAGGACAUCAUCGAUGCCGUUCGCGAGGGUCGGGAGCGACCGCAGCACACCGCGGUUUCGAACCCGGCGGAGAACGGGUCCUUGGCACAGAAUCGACAGCGGAUUCGACGGAGCGAGCUGAAGCGCAUCGGCUUGCUGGGCUGCGGCGGCUUCGGGGCCGUGGAGCUCUGGGAGCACACCAAAACAGGCGACUCCUAUGCUCUCAAGGCCAUCAGCAAGGGCUACAUUGUCAAGACUGGCAUGCAAGAGAGCAUCAUGAACGAGAAGAACAUCCUCGCAAUGACUAACUCCUCCUUCAUUACUAAACUCUACGAGACCUUCAAUGGGACGCAAACGCUUUACUUCCUCCUGGAGCCAUGUCUCGGUGGUGAGCUGUAUGCCACCUACAUCCGGAAGGGCCUCUAUGGCUCCGACAAGCACUGCAAGUUUUACACGGGCUCGGUUGUUUUUGCCUUUGAACACAUGCACCAACGCCGCAUCAUCUACAGAGAUUUGAAGCCCGAGAACCUUCUCCUCGCAGAGGACGGCUUCAUGAAACUGACGGACAUGGGCCUGGCCAAGUUCGUCGUGGGUAAAACCUAUACGACGUGCGGGACUCCUGACUACUUCGCUCCUGAGCUCAUUGCAUCCACGGGGCACACCAAUGCUGUGGAUUGGUGGACCCUUGGCAUCUUGAUCUUCGAGCUCAUGUCAGGUCAUCCGCCGUUUGAGUCGGCAUAUCCCAUGCAGAUCUAUGCCAAAGUCACCAAAGGGAUUGGCAAGGUCGCUUUUCCGAGCGUGAUGAAGGGACAUUGCAAGAAUCUUGUGGAGAAUCUCCUGAAGAACGACCCCUCCGAUCGACUGGCCAUGCGAAAAGGUGGAGUGGCCAACGUGAAGUGUCACCCUUGGUUUAACGAAGACAUGGACUCCUGGGAUCGCUUGGAGAGAAUGGAGUGUCAGGUGCCGUACAAGCCGGCCGUCCGAAGCCGGAAGGACCUCUCGAACUUCGUGGCCAAGAAGGAAGACGCCCCGAAAACACUGGAGUACAUCGAUCCAGGCACCGGCUGGGACAAGGAUUUCGCGACCUCAUACUGA